AUGAGCCAACUGGGACAAACCAGACACUCAGUUUCUGCCUCUUAUUUUUUUUUUCCUCACUUUCUCUCUCUACUUUUUCUCUUUAUUUCUAGUCUUCUCUGUCUAUCAUAGAUCUUGAACUAUCCUGGCAAGAACUCAGAGCACUAACAUCUUGCAGCCACAAAAAUGGGCUUCUUUCUGUUACCAAAAGCAACUCCUUGCAUUUUGUUCUUGGCUCUGCUGUCUUGUACUUGCUUUACUUCUACAGAUGCUUAUGAUCCACUCGACCCAAAUGGGAAUAUCACAAUCAAAUGGGAUAUUAUAAGUUGGACCCCAGAUGGAUAUGUGGCUGUUGUUACGAUGAACAACUUCCAACAAUAUCGUCAUAUCGCUUCACCUGGCUGGUCAAUGGGAUGGACAUGGGCAAAAAAGGAGGUAAUAUGGAGCAUGAUGGGAGGGCAGACCACUGAACAAGGGGAUUGUUCAAAAUUUAAGGGAGGCAUUCCACAUUGCUGUAAGAAAGAUCCGACGGUUGUAGAUUUGCUACCUGGAACACCUUACAAUCAACAAAUUGCAAAUUGCUGCAAAGGUGGGGUGCUCAGUUCAUGGGUGCAGGAUCCAACCAAUGCAGUUUCCUCAUUUCAAGUCAGUGUUGGUAGAGCUGGAACCACAAAUAGAACUGUCAAAGUCCCAAAAAACUUCACCUUGAAAGCACCAGGACCAGGUUAUACUUGUGGGCCAGCUAAGAUUGUGGCACCCACUAAAUUCAUUACUUCAGACAAAAGGAGAGUGACCCAAGCACUGAUGACAUGGAAUGUGACAUGCACAUACUCACAAUUUCUGGCUCAAAAAACUCCCUCUUGUUGUGUCUCACUUUCAUCUUUCUAUAAUGAUACCCUUGUUCCCUGCCUAACAUGUGCAUGUGGCUGCCAAAGUAACUCAUCUCAGUCAGGGACUUGUGUAGAUCCAGAUACACCACAUUUGGCAUCAGUUGUUGCUGGCUCUGGGAAGAAUAACUUUUCACCUUUGGUUCAAUGUACUCAUCAUAUGUGCCCAGUCAGUAUCCACUGGCAUGUUAAGCUUAACUACAAGGAGUACUGGCGUGUGAAGGUUACUAUUACUAAUUAUAAUUACAGGAUGAAUUAUUCUGAAUGGAACAUGGUUGUUCAACAUCCAAACUUUGACAAUCUGACUCAACUGUUCAGUUUCAACUACAAGUCAUUGACUCCUUAUGGUUCAAUAAAUGAUACUGCAAUGCUGUGGGGAGUUAAGUUCUAUAAUGAUUUUCUAAACCAAGCUGGCCCUAAUGGCAAUGUUCAAUCAGAGCUACUCUUCCGAAAGGAUAAAGCAACUUUUACUUUUGAUAAGGGUUGGGCUUUUCCUCGAAGGAUCUACUUCAACGGUGACAACUGUGUAAUGCCACCACCUGAUGCUUAUCCGUGGUUACCGAAUGCUGGUGCUAGGCAAGAGGUUUCCUUGUUUGCUUUAGUGAUAGCAUCUUUGGUAGCCUUGGUAUUUUAUGCACCCGCAUAAGUUUCAAUCUGUGGUGUACAGUUAGGCUUGUAAUAGAAAAUUUUCAGUCAGACAGUUUUGACUCAUCUUUGAUGUCAAUUUGGUAUUUGAAGCAUAUGGGAGGAUGACAUCCAAGAUUAGGUCACGUGUCCUAUGAUUUGUUACAGAGGAUUCACAUUGGUGGUAGAAUUUGCUAUUGUUGUGUUUGUUGUAAUUCAAUGAUGUAUGUAUCAUUAUUAUAAUUGUAAACUGUAAUUAUAAUAACUAUACAGAGCAAGAUGUCACACGAAAAUAUGGACUUGAUGGAUCAUAUGUGGAUUUGAAAUGAUAAUGGUCUUUUUACUUGCAGUUUCCUACAUGGAAUAAGAAUGUUCUAUGUAUUAUGCUCAA